AACAAGAUUCAAAAAACAAAUCAUUUGUGAGGCAAAUUUUGAACUUUCACAUCUAAAAUAAAAUAGCUAUAUUUUUACUUCAAGAUGUCACUUCAAAAUUGCUAUGGGUAUAUAUAUGGUGAUCAAAAUAGACAAGUUCCAGUACAUUUGAAUUUUGGUAAAUAUAUGUUAGAACGGCUGCGACAAAUGGGAGACAAAGUAGCACUGGUAAAUGCUAUGACUGGAGAAGAAUUGACGUACAGAAAUUUCGCACAGUAUUCUGUCAAUCUGGCCACUUCAUUAUCAAAGUUAGGUAUUGGCAAAGGUGAUGUCGUUGCAAUAGGCUCAGAAGAAUGCAAUGUAUUAGUGCCUACAAUCCUCAGUAUUAUACUUACUGGGGCUACAUGUACACCUUAUGAAUUACCUAGUGGAAAAGCUGUACUUAGACAUAAAUUAUCACUAGCAAAACCAACGCACUUCAUAUGUUCUAAACUAUUUUGGGACCAGUAUGAAACAGUCUUAGCGUCUUGCGACUCUAUCCAAUUUUAUAUCACAUUAAAUGAUGGCCCACCAAAUGCUAUAACAACACAAUCGUUAAUUUCGAAGGAUGUUGAUAUAGAGAGCUAUGAACCAGCUAAAGUACUUGGACAAGUGGACGUAGCGUAUAUAUUAUAUUCAUCCGGAACGACGGGUUUGCAAAAAGGCAUUCGGAUAACGCAUCUGAACUGUAUUGUGAAUAGUCUACCAGAUAAAUUCUUCAACGAGAGUAUACAAACAGUUUUCAUGUUUGGAAAAUGGUAUCAUAAUUACGAUAACUUCUUUUUUUAUAAAUAUCUAUCCAUUGGAAAGAAAGUGGUUUAUGUGGCAGAUAAAAAAAUUUACAAAGUAUUGGAAUGCAUAGAAAAAUAUCAGGUUGAUAUAGCAAUGCUUAUACCGUUCCUGAUUAAUCUAAUGAUCAAAGAAGAAAGCUUGGAAAAAUAUAAUUUAGAUUCACUAAAAUUUAUUUAUUCACGAGGUUCACUUCUUCAUACAAAGACCAUCGAAAAAAUUAAACAAAGAUUGCCUAAAUUGCAAAACGUUUUGCAAGGCUAUGGAAUGACGGAAUGUGGAGAACCUGCUUCAGAUAUUUGGGCAACUGAGGGCCCUAGACCAGGAAGUACGGGUAUGGCAGCUGCAGGUGUUAUUUUCAAAAUUAUAGAUUUGGAAACCAAUAUGAAACUAGGCCCUAAUCAGACUGGAGAAAUAAGAGUAACGGGCCCAAUGUUUAUGAAGGAAUAUAUCGAAGUCGACCCAUCUUCCUAUCUGGAUGAAGAAGGCUUUUUCAAAACUGGUGAUGUGGGAUACUAUGAUGAAGCAAAUUAUUUAUACAUUGUUGAUAGAUUACACGAAGUUAUUGUUCAUAGAGACCAUAAGAUUGCUCCACUAGAGUUGGAAAUUUUGCUCGAAAUGCACGAAAAGGUUCUUGAAGCCGCUGUUGUUGGAAAACCAGUUCCUGAUUUAGGAGAACUUCCUACGGCAUUUGUAGUAAAGAAGUCGGGAUUCGAUGUUACAGAGCAAGAGUUGAUAAAUUAUGUAGCUGCAGAGGUGGAUGCCUCCAUUCAUGCACUUACAUGGUGGAGUGAAGUUUGUUGACGAACUACCCAGAAGUGAUAGAGGAAAGAUUUUACGUGGCCUGUUAAGGAAGAUGCUAAAUCAAUUAUUUUGAAACAAUGAUUUCUUGUUUAUGACAAAUAUUUUAAUGAAACUGACCUAAUUAAAAAACUUUUGUAAUAUUUAUUACUUAGGUUAUGAAUGAAUGAGUGAAUUUUAUUGUGAAUUUUAUUGUGAAGUGAGUGAGUUUUGUUGCCAGUUUACUACUUUUAGCUGCCAGUUUCUGAAAAUUUGUUUUCAAACGUUUGAAGGCAAAUAAACGAUCUUAUCAAUUUUUUUAAAUCUGUAUCAUUAAAGCAAAGUCGCGGGAGAUCUAGUCUAGUAAGUAAUAUUUCGGAUUUACUUCCUAGCAGUACCUACCUAGGUAGGCAAAGCUUGCUCGAGCUUACACUCUUCCGCCAGCAUUCUACAACAAUUGACUUACAAACCAAGAACUUUUCUAGACUAAAAAUAUAUUGCAAGAACUGAAAACAGAACUUGAUGAUCAGUUGCAGAAACGGAGGCGCUUCCUUAAAAUUGAAAUCGUUGGAUUACUGGAAAUAAAAAGUGAAAUCUUG